GUCAGAAGCUGCCCGUGUGAGCCCCAGGCUGGCUGCGGGGAAGCCUCCAGGAGAACUGAGAAAAUGGGGAACUCUCUGCUGAGGGAAAGCAGAUGCUGGAGCUGCUGCAUUGCUGAAGGGUGUUUCUGCCUUCCGUGGAGAAAAAUGGACAUUUCUGAAGAAAAGCCAUAUUCCGCAAAUGAGGAUAGAGGAAUGCCAUCUGCUUCCAUCCAGGACAAUGCUGACCAGAGCUCUUUAGAAGAUCUGUCCUACACCCUCAUCAAUCACAGCGUCCUCAGGAAAAGGUCAUCAGGGAUCUCUGCAGUGUACUAUGAGAACAUCUCCCCCAAGACCGAGAGACCCAGGGAGUUCUUGGGAGGAACCGAGACAUCAUACGCCCUUCUCCACAUGUCUGCCUCCCCAAGGCAUUUGCCCUCUCCGGAAAGUGAAUAUGAACUUCUCACUCCUGGUAAAAUCUCCGUCCACUCCCUGCAACAGCCACGUCCACUUAUGUCACCCUCUGAGCCUUGGGUUUCUUGUUUAAAAUGAACUGGUCAGCCCAGCACUUGUCUAAUCACCAGUAAAUAAAAUCUGGGGGAUGGGGAUCUGGUUGAAGCAGGCAUGGGGCACAAAGCCCUUAAGGCACACGUGUGCCCACGCGCACGCGCACACACACAUACACACACCAUUCCACAGGGGUCUCUGCAGAAUCUAGUUUACAAACCAUAGGGCUCCUUAGAUCCUGCUCAAUGUUCAUUAUACAAAGACCAACCACUUAUCCUGAACACCACUCUGAGAAAGGAGUGGCCAUCUUUCACUCCAAAUGGCUUUGGGAAUUGGCUGCUUUGCUUGGUGGCCAAAGGAGCUUCUUUCUUGGUCCCCUGUAGCUGGGAGCAUCACAAAGUGUCUGCUCCUGUGUCCAGGUUCUUCUCAUAAAAUGUUUACAUCAUUGUCUUCUGAAGUCACAAGGAAGCUUUA